UUUUGAUCUGAACUACUGAGCAUUACGCAUUUUCUCCCAUGACUAUAUAUAUAUAGUUUAGAACUGUAUUUAACAAUCCCUUGAUUGUUACUUGCUUGACUGUAAUGCUGAUACACAGUACCAUUGCAGAAAGAAUUAGAUAGGCAUUCAUGUUACAUAGCUGCUACAGAUUUGCAAGAAUUUGGCCCACUGCUGUGCCAGGAAAAUUCAGAUCCUGAUAAUUCAGAACUAGAAGUGACUGAAAAUUACUGUGUGUCAUCCUUGAAGGCUAUCCAUCAGCUUAUGAGAGUGCAACAGUCUGAGUUUUUAUGCAGAUUGAGUCUUAUAUUCUUGAAGGAUGCUCUUCCAUCAUCAAGAGCUAAGGAAUCUGCUUUGAAAAGGUUGAAAGUCACAAGAGAUGUGCUUGAAAAAUUGUACCUUUCAAAUAUGGAAACACUGAAUGUACUGUACAAAACUCACCACUACCACAGAAGUCUGAAAAUGGUUCAGGUCUCAGAAAGAGAAAGAAAGCCUUACGAAUCUGAACAUUCUUCAGUGAAAAGCCUUUGUGUAACAAUUCAUAGCCUUAUCUUGCAUCUUCAAGCAGCUCUUCUGAGAGUAAAAACAAUAGAAGAACAUGUGGAUGAAGUUCAUAAGGAAUCGGUCAAAAGUGCCGGACAGAAUGAAUCUCUUCUGUCAUUGGUUAAUGAUGAACUGCAUACCAUGGAUGGUUGGCUAGAUGAAGUGUCAGCAGAGAUACAAGCUAGCAGUGACUGUGUUUCUCAAUCGCAAAUGCUAAUUAAACAGAUUCUUGGAAUUAAAAUGAAUCCUAACUUGGAAACCAGCAUCCAGGAUUCCGGUCUUCAUAAUAAUAAACAAAGGACAGAAAAAGUAGAGAUAAUUGAUUCAGCACCAUCUUGUUUACACAUUGGUGAUCCCAUGAUUGAAGACCAGGUUUUUGAAGCCUACAUUGACGAGUCAGAGAAAAGUCAUAAUUUGAUUUCUGACAGCUUCUUCCUUUCAGAACAUGACAGGAAGAAACAAGAACUUGAAACCUCAACUCGUUUGUUUAAAGAACUUUGUUCUGUGCUUGUUGUAAGAAAAGAGGGAUGCAGACAAAAGGAAUUGGAUGGUCCAUUAGCAAGAGAAAAAAAUGACAGUGCUCUUCCUGACAAAUCAAAUUGUCAAGAUGUCAUUAAUGCAGAAGAUUUUGUAGUUCUACAAAGUUCUGUAGAUGAAGUGGAAAAGGAGGAUAAAAUUAUUAGUGGAAGCUGUAGCUUUGAAGAUAAAAAAAUGACUAAAAUUAAAAAUUUUCAGGAUCAAAGUUGUGAGCAUCUCUUAAAUAAUGAGCAGAAUGUAGAGAGUAAAAGUGAUGAUUUUAAUUCAGAUUCCAUCAAGAAUACUUGUAAAUCAAAGGGAUUUUCCCCAUCAUAUAAUAUACCAUCUGAGAAAGAAAAUUCAAGGACAGAUGAAAUUUUAAAAUUAAAAGUGCCGGGUGUGUCAGAUGGAAAUCUGUUUUUUACAAAAACUGUAGCAGCUUUGGCUGCUGAACGUUCUAAACUGUUUGGUUUGUCUGGUCAAACUGUUUUGGGAGAGUCUGAAGAGUGUUUUGAGGAUAGUGACAACAACAGUGAUUGUGAAAAUAUAUCGUGAACCAUAGUGUUUCAGCAUAUUCUGUUGAAAAUACUUUUGUGUAGAUUUCUAUAUUUGAACAAAAAAAUAGGAAAUAUAGUGAAAUGCUGUAUAACUCAUUUUUUUUCUAAAUUACUAACUUAACGUUUU